AUGUGGAAGUCCUCGGCAAUUCUAUCAAGCUUUGCAGACGCAUCUUUUGCACAGGGCAGCCGCUGCCUCAGCUGCCAGCUUCGCAAUGCCGCCGGCAUCUCAGCUCUUCGGGUGAAGCCAUCAGUGCGCUACUACGCCAGUACCACAAGCAACAAGGCCAGCGACAAUGUGAAGCCUAACCCAGCGCCAAAGCCCACUGCAACCGGGAAGGUUCACUUCCAGCAGAAUACUCCUCUAGCGUCAGCACCUCAGCCUGGAGAUCCAGACUUUGUACCACCGGCCCUCGACCGUCCUAUCGGCACAGUGAUUCCUCCCCAGGAUGGGCAAAACACAGGAGUCGACUCACGAUCUCUGCAACAAAGACGAGACGAUUUCGUCAAUUAUGACAAACAUCUGGAGAGGCGCAAGGAACUAACAAGACAAGUCGCGAAACCAUACUUCAGAGAAUGGUCCAACAUGCGGUACCACGAGGGUAAAACCUUCAAAUCCAACCCCCGCCUAUUCAAACGAGACAAAGCCCUCUAUUUCCCCAACAUGCACGGCAUCACGCUCGCUUCCCCCAAAGAACCACAAGACACCACCUCGAUCCUCCGCGGCAAGGUAUCCGUCGUCAACGUGUUUUCCAGCGUCUGGGCCGAAUCGCAGGUCGCCACCUUUACGGGGCCGAAGCAGAAUCCUGGCCUCUACGAGGCGAUGAAGACCGGGAGCGAAUUCGCGCAGAAGAUCGAUAUCAACGUUGAGGAAAAUGCGAUGAAGGCGUGGCUCGUGCGGACUUUCAUGUGGCGUAUGCGGCAGAAUCUGCCUCAGGAACAGCACGAGCGGUAUUUCUUGGUGCGCAAAGGUCUCACCGAUGGGCUGAAGGAAUCCGUUGGCAUGAUGAAUAGCAAGGUUGGCUACGUUUAUCUGCUGGAUGAGAACUGCCGCAUUCGAUGGGCCGGCAGUGGGCCGGCAGAGGAGGCCGAGCUGGAAGGCCUGAACAAUGGUGUUCGCAAACUGAUUCAGGAGAGGAAAAUUAGCCUGGAAUCAGAGCUACCUGCGCAGGAAUGGGAGGGGAGAAGCCAAGAUGAGACAAGUCUGAAGCCCAGGGUGGUUAUGCGGUGA